GGGCGGUUCUGUUCCGGGUCGGCCCCGCCUGGGCAGGCUGCGGGGCGGUGCGCGGGGGCGGCGGCCCCGGCCAUGCGGAGCCGGGCCGGGCGGCGGCGGCCGCGCAGGGCCCUGCCUGGGCUGCGGCGGGGCCCAUGAGCCGCCGGGGGUAGGGCGGGGAGCCCCUUCCCCCGCCCCGCCGCCAUGUACACCUUCGUGGUGCGGGACGAGGGCAGCAGCGUGUACGCCGAGGUGAGCCGGCUGCUGCUGGCCAGCGGGCAGUGGCGGCGCCUCCGCAGGGACAACCCCCGCUUCAACCUGAUGCUGGGCGAGAGGAACCGGCUCCCCUUCGGCAGGCUGGGCCAUGAACCUGGACUUGUGCAGCUGGUGAAUUACUACAGGGGAGCAGACAAGCUGUGCCGCAAAGCAUCUCUGGUGAAGCUAAUCAAGACAAGCCCUGAGCUAUCGGAGUCCUGCACGUGGUUCCCCGAGUCCUAUGUGAUUUACCCAACAAACUUGAAGACCCCAGUGGCUCCAGCACAGAAUGGGAUUCGCCAUCUCAUCAACAACUCAAGGACAGAUGAGCGGGAAGUGUUCCUGGCAGCUUACAACAGGCGGCGGGAAGGCAAAGAAGGCAACGUGUGGAUAGCCAAGUCCUCAGCUGGUGCCAAAGGGGAAGGGAUCCUGAUUUCUUCAGAGGCUGCAGAGCUCCUGGACUUCAUCGAUGAGCAGGGACAAGUGCACGUGAUUCAGAAAUACCUGGAGAAUCCUCUGCUGCUAGAGCCAGGGCAUCGCAAGUUUGACAUCAGGAGCUGGGUUCUCGUGGAUCAUCAAUAUAAUAUCUACCUCUACAGAGAGGGUGUCCUGCGGACCUCUUCCGAACCAUAUAACAGUGCUAAUUUCCAGGACAAAACCUGCCACUUGACCAAUCACUGCAUUCAGAAGGAGUAUUCCAAAAACUACGGGCGGUAUGAGGAAGGGAAUGAAAUGUUCUUCGAGGAGUUCAACCAGUAUCUGAUGGAUGCCCUGAACACAACGCUUGAGAGUAGCAUCUUACUGCAAAUCAAACACAUAAUAAGAAGCUGCCUUAUGUGUAUAGAGCCUGCAAUCAGCACGAAGCAUCUUCACUACCAGAGCUUCCAGCUCUUUGGCUUUGACUUCAUGGUGGAUGAGGAGCUGAAGGUCUGGCUGAUAGAAGUCAAUGGGGCCCCAGCAUGUGCCCAGAAGCUGUAUGCAGAGCUCUGCCAAGGAAUUGUGGAUGUAGCCAUCUCCAGCGUUUUCCCCCUCAGUGACACUGGGCAGAAGAUGAGCCAGUCAUCCUCAAUCUUCAUCAAGCUGUGAUGAUGACACAAGUGCCACCGCUGUGAACAGGGAGAGACUGCACCCCUCGGGUCAGCACAGCUUGGUGGCUUAUCUCAGUAACAUGCCAAAAAGUGAUAGAGACAGGCUUCAUAUUUUCUGGGAGACCACAGGGAAAAACAACAAAACAGGCAUCCUCACAGAGCUGUGAUGAGCCAGAGCUGCUCAGAUAUCUCUGCCUGCAUUCACCAAAAUCCACUUUAGAAACAGCUCCUGUGACUUUGAUACCUGAAACAAAUCUCUCUGGGAGUACAACAGAACAACCUUAAAAUGAAACCCCAGCAGGGAUACUGU